AUGAACAUCGUUCUCUCCAGGUGAGCACAGGUGCGGCUGAUGGAGGACACGGUGACAAACGCUGAGAAGCACUUCGGCCAGUUCUGCUCACUGCCGGCCGCCUACACCCGCAAGACAGUCCGGCUGCGUGACAAGGCCGACCCACUGGUCAAGACGCUCAUCGACUUCGCCAACCCGGAGGUGCGGGCCGCCCUGAGGAACUUCGCCGAGGACCUGGCCAAAGUGCAGGAUUACCGGCAGGCCGAGGUCAAGAGGCUGGAGACCAAGGUGGUCAACCCCCUGAAGCUCUACGGGGUGCAGAUAAAGCAGACCCAGGUGAGCAAGGCUGAGAUCAAGAAAUUCAAACACGUCUGGAACAACGAGCUCAAACAACUGGAAAAGCUGGAGAAACUGAGGCAGAAGUCCCAUUCAGAGAGACAGACCAUCUCCCAGGCGGAGACCAGUGUGCAGAGGGCCUCGGUGGACGCCAGCCGCACCUCCCACCAGCUGGAGGAGACGGUGGAGGCAUUCCAGGAGCAGUUGAACCUCCAGAAAAUUUUUUCGGACUUUGUGGCCAUUGAGAUGGUCUUCCAUGCCAAAGCGGUGGAGGUGUAUUCCAGUGCCUUCCAGACCCUGGAGAGCUACGACCUGGAGAGAGAUCUGGAGGAUUUUAGAGCCAAGAUGCGUGGCGUUUAUGGGCGUUAUGACGCUCGGCUGCUCACAGACACCACCCUGUCCCCAGCUGUCCCGUGGUUUCUUGCCCAGGUGAAGCAGAGCACCAUACGGAGCCAGAGAAAAGAAGCAGCCAGUGAGGACAACUCUGCCGAGGAGGACCCCAUGGAGGACCUCAGGGGACAGGGUGCACCAUCCAGGACCAAGGUGGGGGGACAGGCACAGCCCCCCAGGGUCCGAGGGGCAUCACCAGCAGGGGCCCUCCUUCCAGCGCAGCGACGCCCUCAGUGCCGCUCAGGAGGGCGCCGAGCGACAGCGCCCUGGUCUGACCCUGCAGGACAAGCGAGGAUGCAGGGUCACCCCCGCCUGCACAGAGGUCCUGCGGGAAGUGAUGGGAAGACGGGCAAAGCCAGACCACCCUGACUCUCUCCUGGAAAUGACGCGU